CCUAGUGGCUCUCCGUCUGCGAGUUGCCCUCCCCACCAGGUGGUGGCGCUGAAGACCCGAGCCGCCACGACAGUCAAAACAACACGAAGCGCGACGUUUCUGUUUGUGGAGCAACAAGUAGCUAAGCUAGCACGCCUCGUUCCCAAGAAUGGCAACCAAGGCGUCCAAGAAAGGGAAGAAAGUAGUAAACCAAGAAGAGCUGCGGCGGCUGAUGAGGGAGAAGCAGAGGCAGAACACGGAGAAGAAGCGCGUGGAAUCUCCCUUCGCCAAAUACAACAGUUUGGGUCACCUCAGCUGCGUCCUGUGCGCCGUGCAGGUGAAGUCUGAGCUGCUGUGGCCAGCCCAUGUUCUGGGCAAACCGCAUAAGGACAAGGUUGCAGAGUUGAAGGAAGCAAAGAGUCAACCAGCUGCGCCACAGAGUCAGCCGGUGAAAAGGAAAGCGACGGACAGCGCGGAAGUCGCCGGAAAAAAGACCAAACCGGCGGAGCAGUCUGGCUCAGGGUUGCCCGGAGACUUCUUCGAGAAAGGCACCGAAAAGGCGCCUGACUCUGCGCAGAAAUCGGCAGGACUCAGCCUCUUAGCGGGAGUUUAUGAGGAGGAGGAGGACGACGACGAAGACGCCGGUGAGCCCACGCCCGCAGCGCCGUCAGCCGCGGAGCUGCCGGCGGACUUCUUCGACAGCUCCAUCCCGCCCGCGCCCGCCGUCUCCCACUCGGGCUCCAUCCUCAAGGCGGACGUCCCGGAGAAGAGCGCCGAGAAGAAGGACAACACCGCCGAGGCGCUGCCCGAGGGCUUCUUCGACGACCCUGUGCGGGACGCCAAGGUCCGCAACGUCGACGCCCCCAAGGACCACAUGGACAAGGAGUGGGAAGAGUUCCAGAAGGAGAUCCGACAGGUGAACACCAAGUCCGAGGCCAUCGUGGCGGAGGACGACGAAGAGGGGCGGCUGGAGCGUCAGAUCGACGAGAUCGACGAGCAGAUCGAGUGCUACAAGAGGGUGGAGCUGCUGAGGGACAGGAGGGACGUGCUGAAAAGCCAGUCUGCGCCCAGAAAGGAUGAAGAGAUGGAGACUGAGGAAGACGACGGAGAGGAGGGGGAAGAGGAUGAAGAGGGGUUGCUGGGGCUUUUGUCCCAGGACUGGAGGGCUAAAGGGGCUCUGGCCUAGAGUAAAACUUGUAAAACAUUUUUUUUUUUUUCUUGGUCGAGAU